AAGGUGGUGGUUCGCUUGGAGACGGGGCGCCAGCAGCGAGGAGCUGCUGGGCUGUGCCAUAAAGGGAUUCCGAAUUAUGCUGGGCACAAAACCUUCUGUAUUCCUGUUAAUGGUCAACGGACAAAUCGAGAGCGCAGAUUUUCCCGAAUUUGAUGAGCUGUAUUGCAAAUAUUCCUAUGUAUAUGGGCAUGACUGGGCUCCAACAACAGGUCUAGAGGAAGGGAUUUCCCAAAUAACAUCAAAAAGUAAGGAUUGCAAUCAGUGCUUUGUGUGGAAUUUUCCCAUGGAGAUCACAUUCAAGAGCACCAACCCAUAUGGUUGGCCUCAGAUAGUAGUAAGUGUUUAUGGGCCUGAUCUGUUUGGAAAUGAUGUGGUCCGUGGCUAUGGAGCUGUUCAUGUUCCUAUGACUCCUGGAAUGCACAAGAGAACCAUUCCAAUGUUUGUUCCUGAGUCGUCCUCAAGACUGCAAAAAUUUACAAGCUGGCUGAUGGGAAGACGUCCUGAAUUCACAGAUGCUAAACUGGUUGCACAAGGAGAAGGAAGAGAAGUUACAAGGGUUCUGUCUCAAGGCUUUGUUACCAUCUCCUUCAACAUUGUCACCAAGGAUUUGAAGAAAUUGGGAUAUGAUGCAGUACCUGCUAACAAUCAGACUCUUGGAACAUCUGAUGGCUAAAUGGAACC